UCCUUGGUGGUUGCGCUCCAGGGCGAGCUGUGCCAAGAGCCUUUCUGAUAAAAGAGUUUAAGCACUUUGGAGACUUUGUUUUCUGAAGGUUUUGACAAAACAGUUCAUCGGCAGGACUUCCUCCGAGAUAGCAGGGUGGCUAUUAAGGAACGGCCUCAGCGAUAAAAGCUGGCCAGGCAGCGGAGAGGCUGGAGGGGAGCUGCUGCUGCUGGCGCUGAAGGAGCCGGGCCGUGGGGUCCCUGCGCCUCAGGCGAACGGCCGGCUUGCCCUUCUGAUGCGCGGCCUCUCCAGGCUUUCCUCCCUGGGGUCCGAGGUUCCCUGGGACCAAGCUAAGAAUCCAGCAUCAUGGACAAUGAAGAGAACGUCCUCCAGGAAGGCGAAGAAGAGGAGCUGAAAAUCUACGGGUACAACUUCUGCCGGUGGAAGCUGGUCUUUGUGGCCGGAGGGGUGCUGUGCUCGGGCGGCCUCCUCCUCCUCCUCCUCUACUGGAUGCCGGAGUGGCGAGUGAAAGCCACCUGCCAAAGGGCUUCGCUCAGGCACUGCCAGGUGGUCCUGCUGAGAACAACCGACGAAUUCCAGAGCUGGUUCUGUGCAAAGGUCCGCACGGUCUUCUCCCUGGGCCCCCACCCCUUACAGGCCCCCCCAGAGCUGGCCUCGGAGAAGGUGGCCAAUGGCUCCAGCACUCCUUUGUGCGUCCCUCCCUCGGACGAGAACGGCAGCAGCAGCGCCUUGAACGGCCACCCCCAGGCCCCCCAGCUCCUCCAGCUGCGCUAUUUCACCCACCACAGCGUGAAGUAUUUCUGGGAUGAGGCCGUCCAGAACUUCACUUCCGUAAAAGGCUUGGAUGACUCCGCGACCUGCGCGUCCAUCCAUCGGGAACACAGCACGGGGCUGACGAAGGAGACGCAGGACUACAGGAAGAUUUUCUACGGACUGAAUGAAAUUGCGGUCAAAGUGCCUUCCAUUUUCAAACUGCUGAUUAAAGAGGUCCUCAAUCCGUUCUACAUUUUCCAGCUGUUCAGUGUCAUCCUCUGGUGCACGGAUGAAUAUUACUACUAUGCAAUUGCCAUUGUGAUCAUGUCCCUGAUCUCCAUCGCCAGCUCUCUCUACAACAUCCGGAAGCAAUACACGAUGCUGCACGACAUGGUGGCAGCUCACAGCGUCAUCCGGGUCUCCAUCAGCAGAGCCGACCACGGUGUGGAAGAGGUUCUGUCCACGGACCUGGUGCCUGGGGACGUCAUUGUGGUCCCGCUUCGGGGAAUGAUCAUGCCCUGCGAUGCCGUGCUUCUCAGCGGCACCUGCAUCGUCAACGAAAGCAUGCUGACGGGGGAGAGCGUCCCUGUCACCAAGACCAACCUGCCCAACCCGUCCAAGGACUGCCAGGCCCUGGAAGACGAAGUGUACGACCCGGACGGGCACAGGAGGCACACCCUCUUCUGUGGCACCACCGUCAUUCAGACCCGCUUCUACACCGGGGAGCUCGUCAAGGCCGUGGUCGUCCGAACAGGCUUCAGCACGUCGAAAGGGCAGCUGGUGCGCUCCAUCCUGUACCCAAAGCCCACUGACUUCCAGCUCUACCGCGAGGCUUACCUCUUCCUGCUCUGCCUGGUGGGCGUGGCCGGCAUCGGCUUCCUGUACACCAUCGUCAUCAGCAUCCUCCACCAGGUCCCCGCCCACAUCAUCAUCAUCGAGUCCCUGGACAUCAUCACCAUCACGGUCCCUCCGGCUCUUCCGGCUGCCCUGACAGCCGGCAUCGUCUACGCACAGCGGCGGCUGAAGAAGGUCGGCAUCUUCUGCAUCAGCCCCCAGAGGAUCAACAUCUGCGGGCAGCUGAACCUCGUGUGCUUUGACAAGACCGGGACCCUGACGGAGGAUGGCCUGGACCUCUGGGGCAUCCAAAGGGUGGAAAGUGCCAGCUUCCAGCUGCCCGAGGAGAGGGCCUGCAAGGAGAGCCUGGUGCGGUCGCCCUUCGUGGCCUGCAUGGCCACGUGCCACUCCCUCACCAAGAUCGAAGGGGUGCUCUCUGGGGAUCCGCUGGAUCUGAAGAUGUUCGAAGCCACCGGAUGGGUGCUGGAAGAGGCCACGGAGGAGGAAACGGCCCUUCACAACCGGAUUAUGCCCACGGUUGUCCGGCCGGCUAAGCAGCUUCUCCCGGACUUCAACGCUGGGAACAACAAGGAAAUGGAGCUGUUCCAGCUGUCGGCCAGCUACGAAAUCGGGAUCGUGCGCCAGUUCCCCUUCUCUUCCGCGCUUCAGCGGAUGUGCGUGGUGGCCCGGAUCCUGGGGGAGAAGAAGAUGGACGCCUUUAUGAAAGGGGCCCCGGAAGUGGUCGCAGGGCUCUGCAAGCCAGCCACCGUGCCGGCGGAUUUUGAGCGGGUGCUGGAGGACUACACCAGGCAGGGCUUCCGGGUGAUCGCUCUGGCUCACAGGAAGCUGGAGUCCAAGCUCACCUGGCACAAGGUGCAGAACGUGGCCCGAGACGCCAUAGAGACCAACCUGGACUUCUUGGGGCUGAUCGUAAUGCAGAACAAGCUGAAGCCGGAAACUCCCGCCGUCCUCCGGGACCUGCACAAAGCCAACGUCCGCACCGUCAUGGUCACAGGGGACAACAUGCUGACCGCCAUCUCCGUGGCUCGGGACUGUGGCAUGAUUCUACCUCAGGACAAGGUCAUUGUGGCUGAAGCGCUACCUCCCAAGGACGGGCACCCCGCCAGGAUCAAGUGGCACCAUGCCGAUGCCCUGGAGAGGGCCCACGACCCCACGCCCACCAUCAACUCAGAGGAUAUUCCCAUUAAACUUGCCCAGCAGAACGACGAAGAUUCCCCCAAAACCAGGUUCCAUUUUGCCAUGAACGGGAAGUCCUUCGCUGUCAUCCAGGAGCACUUCCAGGACCUGGUGCCCAAGCUCGUUCUGCACGGCACUGUCUUUGCCCGAAUGGCCCCCGACCAAAAGACGCAGCUGGUGGAGGCCCUGCAAAACGUAGACUACCACGUGGGGAUGUGCGGGGACGGCGCGAACGAUUGUGGCGCUCUCAAGAGGGCCCAUGGCGGCAUUUCCCUCUCCGAGCUGGAGGCCUCCGUCGCUUCUCCCUUCACCUCCAGGACGGCCAGCAUCGCCUGCGUGCCCAACCUCAUCAGGGAAGGCCGGGCGGCCCUGAUGACUUCCUUCUGCGUCUUCAAAUUCAUGGCUCUAUACAGCAUCAUCCAGUACCUCAGCGUGACUCUGCUCUACUCCGUCCAGAGCAACCUGGGAGAUUUUCAGUUCCUCUUCAUCGACCUGGCCAUCAUUUUGGUGCUGGUCUUCACCAUGAGCCUGAACCCCGCGUGGAAAGAGCUGGUGGCCCAGCGGCCGCCCUCCGGCCUCAUCUCGGGGGCCCUCCUCUUCUCCGUCCUGUCCCAGAUCCUCAUCUGCCUGGGCUUCCAGGUCCUCGGCUUCCUGUGGGUCAAGCAGCAGCCCUGGUACGAGACGUGGAGCCCCUCCUCAGACGCCUGCAACCUCUCGGCUGCCUCCAACGCUUCCCCGCCGGGUAACGUCUCCCAUCACGACGAGCACAACAUCCGCAACUACGAGAACACCACCCUCUUCUUCAUCUCCAUCUUCCAGUACCUCAUCGUGGCCGUGGUCUUCUCCAAGGGCCGGCCCUUCCGCCAGCCCUGCUACAGGAACUAUCUCUUCGUGGUCUCCGUGGUGGCCCUUUACGCCUUUGCCCUGACCCUCCUCCUGCACCCGGUGGCAGCCAUCGAAUCCUUCUUGGAGCUGGUCUGCGUGCCUCCCGCCUGGCGUGUCACGGUGCUGCUCCUGGUCCUGGCCAACGCUGCCGUCUCCAUGCUGGUGGAGAACUUUCUCCUUGACAUGGUCCUUUGGAAGGUCCUCUUCAGUCGAGACAAGCCGGGGGAGGACCGCCUAGCUUCCUCUUCCUCCUCCUCCUCUUCCUCCUCCUCUCACCCGUCUCAGGUGGGGCUGGACCGCUGCCGUGGGUGUGCGCUGCUGGGACUGCUCGGCCUGAAGAAGAGGCCGCCCAAGGCCCGCUACGUCCACCUGGCCCAGGAGCUGCUGGUGGACCCGGAGUGGCCGCCCAAGGGCCGCACCACCACCGAGGCCCCCGGCCCCUCCUCCUGCCAGAACGGCUCCUGCCAAGUGAUCGCCAUGACGUAGCAGAGGGCCCCCCUGGCACAUGCUGGGGCUGCCCAUGGCCUGGCCUCUCUGCUGCUGACCGGACAGAUGGACAGACGGGCUCCGCUCCCCUCUCCCCUCACCCUGCUGAUGCCAGUCUUCCUCCCACCGGGGGGGAGGGACGGGGCCUGCCUGGCACUCCUGGGCCUCCCGCAAAGGUCCCUCUGCAUUUCCCACUGGCCAGAAGUGCUUCUCCAUCUGGAACUACGCCCAGGAAAGGACACUCGGCCCCACCUGGGACACUCUGGGGGACACUCUGGCUGGUCCGCGGGGGAGGAGCUGGUUGCUCGCUUUGUCCUCCCCCGACCCUGCGAGAGCUAGGUCUGGUGAGCCCCUCCCCCCCGUGCCCAAAAACGUCCCACCACAUCAGGAGAUGCAGCCCCCUCCCCACCUGAACUUGAAGGAGCUUUGCAAAGCCCAGGGGCCGGUCCCACCGAGUGGCAGAAGCCGGCGGCUUCACCCUCAGGUCUUCCUUCUGCAAGAGCUCUGCCCUCUGGGACGGCUCCUCCCCAGGCCCCCUCCGGGAGCCCCCAGCCAGCUGGAGCGGGUUGCCUUAACAGAUGGAGCGCUUGGCAGAACCCUGGCUCAGAACCGACGGGGCGCCUCCGUCAGUGGAGCCCAGGCCUUCCACUGUGACCGCCUCGUUCGGGGCCUGACCAAGCGCCCCCAAGAUCGCCUGCCGAGAGGACGGCCGGAGCAGGCUGACCGGAGGGGCAGCAACACCAGCUGGACAGUCUCUCGUGGGCAACCCAGAGGCCCGGGCUUUGGGCCAGGCAAAACACGACCGCUCCAACUGCAGGCCUGCUGAAAGGACGGCUGUGCCAGGGUCGCAACUCCUCCACAAUGGUGCUAAGAGGGCAGCAACAGCCAGGAAAGGAUGCCGGAGGAGCCGGCUGCAGUCAGGCCCCCCCAGGCCCCGUGCGAAGGAAGGCGGCCUGUGUGGCGUUUCCCCCUUCUGCCCUGGGAAUCCACAAAGCACCUGCCAGGCUCCUUCGACCCUGGAACCGUGGCUUGCAAGCCCCUCUUGCUGCUGGGAAGCGGUGGCUGCUGGAGGACGGGGGAGCCUUUUCUGAAGAGGGGCCACCGUGACUGCCGGCUGCCCCUCCCCGCUCUGCCCCCCCCCCCACGCCUCCCCCCCCACGCCUCCCCGGCUAGGCAAAGCAAAGCGGGCUGGUCAGCAGGCUCUGUAGGGAGCGGCCGCACAGCGCCUGCACGGGGUCGUGGGACUAAAAGCAACACUGUUGAAGCCGCCCUUUGGGGAGCAGUUGUGGGGACCCCCCUCAAAGCAAGCUGCUCUCCCCUCUGGAAGGGAUGUGAUGCAUCUUCAAUCUGUUCCAAGGAUGCUUCAAAUUCCGAAGUUGGGUGUUUUUAAAUAAUUAUUUUCUUAUACUUCCUUGAAGGCUUGUGAAUUCAGGUGAACAAAUAUCACUUUGCUAACUUGGAUUGAGAGUGGUUCGUAAAUUAUUUCAGACAGACUUACCCCUAAAGCUGUUAAGAUUGUAUAUAUGGCCAAUUAAAUCUUAUUUUAUUAUUUAUGCAUAUCUCUAAAGGACUUGCUCAAGAAAAUAGCAACUCUUAAAUUAUACUUUUUAAAAUAUCCAGAUUUUAAAAUAAUAUAUGUACACACACAAACCUCCAUCCCUCAGGGUUUUUUUUUUAAUUAAUGCCUUUAUUUCUUCCCAAAUAACUGUAAUCAUAAGACUGCUGGGAGUCAUGGCACACCCACCCCUUUCCCUGGAAGCUGCUUGUACCCCCUGCACUUCUCACAGCUGACAGGUGGAGGCACCCACCCACCCACAGGGCAGCUCCUCGGUGAAUGGGGAGGGGGCGGGAAUCCUCUCCAGUGUUGGGGUCUUCGUGUUCUGCUGGUGGAAAGAUGGGCGCCUCAAAGGGGCAAAAGACCGCCACCCAGGUCCCUCUGGCAGUGUUUUCAGUUGGCCCUUUUGAGAACUUUCUCUCCUCCUCUUCAUUAUUAUUUAUUUUUCCAGUGGAGAAACGGUUUUCCUUCGCUGGGUGAUUUUAUCUACUGUAGUAUAUUAUGGCUGCAUAUCAGUAGUUACGAGGUGAAGAAUAAUUCUUAUGCUGCAAACAGUCUUAUUCUCAAAAGCUUCCCUUGAUUGACACAGACUUAAAAGGGCUUCUUUAGCUUGCAAAGAUUAAAUUCUAAAAUCAAAUGUUUGUAUAUAUGAUGGAAAAGUUGAUUUGAAGGUUCAGAUAUCAUUUUUGGGCAUAGAAAUGUCCACUUUUUAAAAGAAAAAUGUAUAAAUAUGCAAACAUUUGGAUAAAUUAUGUAUUCUCUGCCACCAGCACCUCAGGUCAGGAUUGGCAAGAUCCCAUCAUCUUAAAAUGUUUGAAAAAUACUUUUGUUUUAACAAGUGGCUCCACAUAAAAAAAUUAUUUUGCUGUUUUUUAUAAUGGUACCCAGUUGUAAUAAAGACAUUUUAUGUAAUUGUAGUAAAUGGCCUUG